UCUCAAGCCUCAGUCAAAUGAUAAGAAGAUUAUAGUAAUUCAUUCACGUAUAUCUUUAUAUAUAUAUAGUUAUAUGUACAGUGUAUUUGAUGAUGAAUUAAUUUGUUACUUAUUUAGCUCCCUCCAGAUCCAAGGGCGUUUAGUUUAGGAAAAGAUUAUUUUAGCAAUAAUUGUCAAAUCAAGGGCGUUUAAAUUACGCUGACUCACGCACGUACAUAUAAACCCUUCUCUCGUCUCGGGUUUCUCUCUCCUCACGCUCUCCCUCUUUACAUGCAACGAUCACAAUGGGGCUGUGUUUCUCUCGGAAGGUGGUGAAGAGGAGGCCGUCGAAGCGCGUAGAGAAUCAUUCGGCGGUCACCGGCGGCGGUACUGGUUCGAGCAGGCGGUGGAGUCGAAUUCGAUCGUUGAGGAGUGAGAAGUUCGACGAAUCGGUAAUCCACGAGCGGGCUCUCGCGGCGGCCAUUCUGUUUCAGCAGCAGCUGCAGAAUGGCGGCGGUGCUGGCCCCGUGGUGUUCGAUAGGUCAACUUCGCAGCGGCAUCCGAGCGCCUAUUCCAAGAAGCAGCAGGCGCUGCCUCGGAGCUCGAGCUCUAGGUCGCGCUCCCUCACUGAUCCUCUGCUUCAGCCUCACCAGCUUCUUAAUCAGCAAGUCAAGAUUGAUGAUCUGGAGACCCAUCAUUUUGUCCUUGUACACGGAGGUGGAUUUGGUGCUUGGUGUUGGUAUAAAACUAUAGCAUUUUUAGAAGAAGUUGGAUAUAAAGUAACUGCAAUAGAUUUAGCUGGUUCUGGCAUUCAUUCGUUCGACACAAACAGCAUCACAAGCCUUUCGCAGUAUGUGAAGCCACUUACUGAUUUUAUUGAAAAACUUGAUGAUGGGGAUAAGGUGAUUUUGGUAGGACAUGAUUUUGGUGGUACAUGCAUAUCAUAUGCAAUGGAGCUGUUCCCUGAUAGGAUCUCUAAAGCUGUUUACGUUGCUGCAGCAAUGUUAACUAGUGGACAAAGUACUCUUGAUAUAUUCUCCCAAAAGUCUGAAUCAAAUGAUCUCAUGCAACGGGCUCAGGUCUUCCUGUAUGCAAAUGGGAACACUCGGCCUCCAACUGCAAUUGGUGUCAGCAAGUCACUAGUAAGAGACUUAUUAUUCAAUCAGAGUCCUGCAAAGGAUGUUGCACUGGCAUCUGUCUCGAUGAGGCCAAUCCCUUUCGCACCAGUUCUAGAGAAUCUCGCUCUUACUGAUUUGAAGUAUGGCUCUAUUAGGCGGUAUUAUAUAGAAACUCAGGAAGACAAUGCCAUUCCAAUUGCACUACAGCAGAGCAUGAUAAACAAAAGUCCCCCUGAGCGGGUUUUCCGUCUCAAAGGUGCUGAUCACUCCCCCUUCUUCUCAAAACCGCAAGCGCUGCACAAGCUUUUGGUAGAGAUCUCAAAGAUCUCAUCCAAUUAGCGUCUGUUUGCUGGGCCUGGGUGGCUUUUUGAAUUCUUCCCCGGUAGGUUUCACUGACAUUGUCGACCAACUGAUUUGUUCAUACCGUCAAGCAUCUUCCUGUUGUUGGUUCCUCGGAAGGAUCUUUGCCUUUCUGAGAGAUCUAGUAUCUGUAUAUUCCAUGCAAGUGUUGAUUUGUGAUCAAAUGCUCUUAGAAGAUUUUAAUUUAUGCACCGAGAUAUGUCCAUAUACAUGUUGAUGAGAAUGCAGUUUUUGUGGUAUUACUCAUAAGCAAUUUGAUCCCAGAGAUUGGAGCCCUUGUGGGUAUUACUUAGAGUUGGGUUACCUCUGUUGACAGAACUCAUCAAUGCUGCUGGAGGCGAAUAUAACACAAUUUGCAGGCGUGUGAACCCUCUUAGCACUCAAAUGUGCUUUACUGAAAUACAACAUUUGUUAUGAAAUUUAUUUAUAUAUUUC